AUGAGUUUUAUAGAUGACAAUGAUUUUGCCGUGGACGAGGAGGAUGAGGAAGAGGAGGUAGUCGCUGAAUCUUUAUCCCGCAGCUUCGAACCCGGAGAGGAGGAGGAGGAGAUCUCGGCGGAAGAGGAGGAAGAGGAGGAAGAGGAGAAGGAGGGGACGGAAGAAGAGGAGGAAGAGGCCGAAGAAGAUAAGGAAGAAGAGGAGACGGCGGCGAGUGAAUUGGAUGUCAGUUGCAGCGACGGUAAUAAUGAAAAUACAUUGGCGUCAAGUGUGAGGCCAAAUCCACAAAAAGUACCAGAAGCUACGACCGUUUUAACCUCUUCUUUUGGCAGCCCGCAGGUCUCCAAAGCCACGGAGGCCCCUGUUCAGAGCAGCCACGUAAUAUCAUCAUCAUCACCAUCAUUGACGCCGUUCUUGGGGGUGGAGGGUGCCGGGAAGUCAGAAUUGGUUGUUCCGUCUCCAGCGCAGGCCCCAGCCAGGCGGGUGCGGCUGUCGCAUCGUUUUCUUGAUUUCCCAGGAAAAACGGCGAGUUUGCGUGAGAAACGUCAGCGAUGCCUUUCUUUAAGUGAAGAGACGAAAGCAGCGAAGGCGGUGCUGGCGACCUUUGAACUUUCCCUGCCGACAACACGGUUUGAUGAACAGUUGGGGAACAUUUUGUCGAAUUUGUUGUGA